AUGACACCAACGAAUCCCAGAUACGGAGUUUACACGCUCGUAGUGAUAUUUUUCAGUGAAGACGAGUCGAUUGACCUCGAAGGUACAAAGACCCAUGCCUUGGUUCUGCUAAGCAGUAAGAGAGAGAUGCUAAUACGAACGGUUCGCAGCUACCUGAUCAAUCUUGGUUAUUUGAGCCUACAACUGAUUGUGGGAUGCAGCGCACCCAGCGCUGGAACAGAUUUCGUUCUGGUCUUGCCGCUGGCUUACUGGACCACUUCGACGACGCCUCCAGUCAUUGAAGGCUUCUUCAGCACGGUAGCUGAAAACUCUCCCCUGCCUGUCUUGAUCUACAACUUCCCUAGUGUUAUAGGGGGCAUGGACAUCAGUUCCGAUUCUAUAAUCCGCCUGGCGCAGAAGAAUCCCAACAUUUUCGGCGUCAAACUCACCUGUGGUAAUCCCUUCGCGACAUUUGGCGGAAAAUUAGGUUUCUUCCUGUCCGCCCUCGUAGCGAGGUCACACAGCAUUAUCACAGCUCUUGCCAACGUCAUGCCACGGACGCAUGGUAACUAUGCUGAUUGGGCACUGUCCAAAGUUGGCGUGGCAGGCGUCAAGGGAGUGGUAUCGCACUAUUUUGGUUAUGGAACAGCGCAGGGGCGAAGACCGCUAGAACUUACAUUAGUCUCGAAGCUUAGUAUAGACGCCUUGGAGCGGAUACAGCAGCUAAUUGAUAUUGAAAAUGGUUUAUGA